AUGUCGUACCCCCGCCUCGUGCGCCAGCCCCCACAGUAUGGGGGCUUUGAGGAUACCCAGGAGGAGCUCGAUUGGUAUGGUAGCAACCCCGAGGGCAUUGAUCGAGACCGCACCCCGGAAGCAGAGUACUCGGACGAAUUCUUGCCACUUAAGGAAGAAGAUAGUGGCUCCAGCGAUGGCGAAUGGAGCAGGCCCACCUAUUCUGACGCGUCCAGGUCACCGUCGCCCCCCUCGAAGCCCUCUACCUCCCCCUCCUCCCACAAACGCAAGGCGUCUACCUCCCUAGACGAACGGAAAGAACACCCCCGAAAGGGUAGCAAGCGUGGCAAGCCCGCCCCAGUGAUACCCCCGGAGCUGGCGUCAACAAUGCUGAAGCUACCCCCUCAUACCCCAGAGACGCGUCAAGCUGCUUUCUCGUUAGGCACACCUAUUUGCUGGACAGCUGAAGAAAGCCAUGGAAGCCCAGGACGAAGGCGAAAUCCCGCGGAGUCUGAAUGA